GUACUCUCUGGGCAAGCUGCCGUACGCCCACCUGGUGGCCUCAGAGAACAUGCAGGGCUACAUGCUGCGGGAGAAGCUCUCGGGGAUGUUCCUACUGCAACCGGAGACUAUGCCGGAUGCCGUGUAUGAUAUCUGCAUGGACUGUUGGGACCCGGACCCGUCUGAACGACCUACCUUCCGGAGACUGCAGGUGAUGCUCAGAGAUCUGUUCAGCGAGUUCAGGAGUGUGAGUGUCUCGGAUUUUGCGAGCAUGAAUGUGCGCCAAGAUGCCUCUAAUUCGGGCUCAGACCUGUCCAGCAAACCUUCGGGGUUCAAAUCGCGGCUUGGCAAGCUUGGUAUGGGGUUGGGAUUAGGGGCUGUGGAGCGGAGCGGCAAUUUGGUCGGCGGAGUCAAGUCCAAGUGGAAGGAGUGGAAUACGACUGGGCAGAGUAGCAGCACCUUGAGUGCGCACAGCAGCCUCGGCCUGGAGUCCAGCCUCAGUACCAGUAGCAAUCUCGCUAUCCUGGGGAAUGACUUGACAAGCAAGGCUGAGAUUAGUCCUACAGAUAACAUGAUCUAUUGCGGGAUGCGGUCGGCGGGUAGUAGUGAAUACAGCAACAGCAUGUUGACGUCGACGCUGGAUAUGACCGAGGGGGGGGGGAGCGGGUAUGGAAAGUACCGAACUGUCUAA